AUGACUGGAGACAAUCACACCACAGUGACCAAGUUCAUUCUCGUUGGAUUAACAGAUCGUCUGGAGCUGCAGGUCCCUCUCUUUGUCACGUUUUUUCUCAUAUAUCUCAUCACUCUGCUGGGAAAUAUAGGGAUGAACUUGGUAAUUCAGAUUGACCCACAACUCCACACGCCCAUGUACUUUUUCCUCAGCAACUUGUCUUUCCUAGAUGUAUGCUAUUCCUCCACCAUUGCUCCCAAUAUGCUGGUCAAUUUCUUAGUGGAGACCAAAGACAUUUCUUAUAGCGGGUGCCUUACGCAAUAUGGCUUCUUUGUUGUGUUUGUCACCACUGAGAUGUUCCUCCUGGCUGUGAUGGCGUAUGAUCGUUAUGUUGCCAUCUGCAACCCGCUGCUCUACACGGUCAUCAUGACCAAGAGGGUCUGCAUAAUGCUGGUUGUUGGGUCGUAUUUCUGGGGCUUGAUUAACUCUUUGAUAAACACAAGCAGUUUGCAGAGAUUAUUCUUUUGUGAUUCCAAUGUCAUCAAUAACUUUUACUGUGAUCUCACCUCUCUCCUGAAACUCUCCUGCAGUGAUGUCUCUGUCAACGAGAGGCUACUCUUUACCUGUGGCACUUUGUUUGAAAUGAGCACGUUUCUGAUCAUCAUCAUCUCGUACAUUCUUAUUGUAAUUGCUGUGCUGAGGAUCCGUUCUGUUCAGGGCAGGCGUAAAGCAUUCGCCACCUGCGCCUCCCACCUGACAGCUGUUACUCUAUUCCAUGGGACAAUUUUCUUCAUGUAUUUGCGACCCAGCACCAGGUACUCACUGGAUACAGAUAAAAUAGCCUCCGUGUUCUAUACGAUAGUGAUCCCCAUGUUGAACCCCCUGAUCUACAGCCUGAGGAACAGGGAUGUGAAAUGUGCUGUAAGGAAAGUGCUAAGUAGAAAAAGCCUUUCACUUCCACAUCUAGCUACACACUGCAGUGUGGACAAAAUCUUCUUUUCACUGCAUUGUAAAGCCAGGGAGCUCCUCCUCCUCGCCUGGCCACAUGCCUCUUCCCCGCCCGCGGGGACAGAGGGGCCGCUCUCCUCCUGGGAAAGCCGGCCGCUGCUCCCUACCGGCUCCGGAGCCACCAGCCCAGCCUUCCUCCUCAGCAUCCGCCUCAGCCGCUGCAUCCUGGGAAUGAGUGGGGAGCAGCCAUGA